GGGACGUCCCCUUCACUGCAAUCAUGUGAAAUCUCGGCACGGUUUGUCAGAAAGUCUUGAGUUUAUUCUCUACCACUUGCCUGAAGUUGAGCGCCAUGCCGUAUUUGCAUGACACCUGCGAGAAUCUCAUCCAAAAAUAGAAAAAGUCGCGGAACGACGGGAGUAGGGAAAUGGUCACAACACAUUGGUAGUCAUACUGUGUGCAACAAGUCUGUGUCUUCUUCCCAAGCAACCAUGCCACCGCCGAAGCGCAUGACGGCUAAUCCUGCCCGUCCUGCUGCACGUCACAGAGCGGGCAAGCCGACGGUGCAGGAAGCAGAGACGUCAUCAGAUGAAGAAUCUGGCGUCCAGGAGCAGGACGAGGAGGAAGUGCAGCAUGAGCGGCAAACACAGACGGAACCAAAUGCGCAUGCGUCAAGACCCGCAGCAUCAUCCUUUGCCCCCAGUCUGGUCUCCCGUGUCUCAUACGAUCGAAAGGUAGUCGAUUUGAACACAAGGCCGCCAGCACCACAAUCUCGGACCGCACCCGAAAUCGACGAGGACGAGUUCGAGACGGAAGAGAGCGAGGAGGAGGAGUCGACAGGGAGCGAGGAAGAAGAGGAUGAGUCGACGGAAGAAGAUUCAUCGAGCGAAGACGAGAGGCCUGUGCGGGCACGGCCUGUCUUUCUGAAGAAGAGCCAGCGAGAGGCGGCCAGCAGAGGCAACGGCGAAGCAGGGCCGUCGGGAAAAUCGCAAGAGGAGGUCUGGGAGGAGGAGCAAGCCCGCAAGAAAGAGCGCGCAGACGCGCUGAUACGGGAAGAGCUGGAGAAGCAGGCCCAAGCCAAAGCGGCGGGCAAGAAGUACUGGGACGACGAGGACAACGUGGCCGACGACGUGGAUGACACCGACGACGUCGAUCCGGAAGCGGAAUACGCGGCUUGGAAGCUGCGCGAGAUCAAGCGGCUGAAGCGCGACCAGGACGCCAUCAUCGCGGCGGAGCGCGAGCGGGAGGAGAUUGAGCGGCGGCGCAACCUGUCCAAGGAGGAGCGCGAGGCCGAGGACAAGGCGUUCCUGGAUGCGCAAAAGGCUGCCAAGGAGAGCAAGGGCACGAUGGCAUUCAAGCAAAAGUAUUUCCACAAGGGUGCUUUCUACACCGAAGACCUUGGUGAGUUGGCCAAGCGGGACAUCAUGGGCGGGAGGUACGAGGAUGAUUUCCGCAUGAAGGAGGCCCUGCCGGAGUACUUGCAGAAGCGCGACAUCACAAAGAUUGGUAAGAAGGGCGGUACCAAAUACAAGGACAUGCGCAGCGAGGACACGGGCCGGUGGGGGGAACAUCUGGACAGGAAUGGGCCCCGAAGAGCGGGAGACGAGCGUCGCUUCAACACCAACGACGACAGAUUUCGUCCCGACUACGAAGGCGGCGCGGGUGGCAGGGAUGGUCCUUCGGGGGCAAAUGCAAGCGUGCUAGGAGAGAGAAAAAGGCCACCGCCACCCGAGGGCGGAAGGGCAGAAGAUAAGAGAGCUAAGCUGUCGUGACGGCAGGCUGGUGAAUUUGGACAGGAAAUGUUUCAUGGCAUUGAUACGAGUCUCCCACUCUUGGGGCCGACCAAUAUCAAUAUUAAUAUGAAGCCUGGUUUUUCAGCGCCAACAUCG